UGCUCGUUCCCCCUCUCUCGCCCUCACUCCGCCGCGAUGUGCUUCAGGGGAAAACCUAGAGGAACGGAGCAAGACGCACGGAUUUCUCAUGGUCUCCGCCGGACUCGAGCCUCACGUGGCGAGUGAGGCCUCAUGGUCGUAGCAUGCCAUGCGCUAGAGCGGUGAAGCAGUGGGAGAUCAGGCCCACGUCUGCUCGGCGGGGGAUCAGGCGCGCCAAGGCCCUGAUGUGGCAGCGGAUACGGAGUCUGGCCCGGGCCUGCCAGCAUGGUGCAGGGUACUCAGUUGACUACAACGACCCGGACCGAGAGGAGCAGGAGAUGGUGUGCCUUGAGCCCAUGGGAUCAGAGCGGAUGGAGAUGCGAAAGAGGCAGAUGUCGGUGCAGCAGGAGUCGGCAGCGGGGGGAACUGCACCGGCCCAGCAGGACCAGCCGGGCCAGGCCAACCCACGGGGCUCAAAUGCAUGUUGCUUCUGCUGGUGCUGCUGCUGUAGCUGCUCCUGGAAUGAAGACCGGGAUGACAGGAACCGAAAGGCAUCGUAUGACGUCAAGGAAGGGACCGCAGACUGUGAAGACUGUCCUAAGCCCACGUUGGAGGAGGUGCGCUCAUGGGCCCAGUCGUUCGACAAGCUGAUGUGCUGCCCGGGGGGGAGGAACUCUUUCCGACAGUUCCUCCGCACCGAGUUCAGCGAGGAGAACAUGCUCUUCUGGUUGGCCUGCGAGGAGUUCAGCAAAGAGACCAAUAAGACCGCGAUCGAGGAGAAGGCCCGGGUCAUCUACGAGGACUACAUCUCCAUCCUCUCGCCCAAAGAGGUGAGCCUCGACUCCCGCGUGCGAGAGGCGAUCAACAGGAACAUGCUGGAGCCCAACUCGCACACAUUCGACGACGCCCAGCUGCAGAUCUACACACUAAUGCAAAGAGACUCGUAUCCCCGCUACAUGAACUCCCCGGCCUACAAAAACCUGCUCAACACUCUGUCAGAGCAGUCCCCCGAAUCUUAGGGUGGUGAUGACCUGUGAUCUUUUAACUCUCUUUACCCCCCAAACCCCCUUCCCCUAUAAUCCUUUACCCCAUUUUUAAAAAGAAAAAAAAUAUUUCUUUGUAUGUUCAGUGUAGGAUUACAUGAGCCAGGCUUCGAGGCCUGGCCCCUCCCAGGGAUCUCAGCGCUAUUGUGAUCUGCACCUGACCGAAGACACUCAGGUCUCAAAAUCUCCCGAGGGCUCGACAUCACAAGUACUGCUACAGAUCAACAUAGCAAAACACUCCAAAGGAAUAUGAAUACAUUUUAUUUCUGGUUUUUCUUUUUCUUUCUUUUGAUAGAAAUAAUCUAUUUUAUUUGUGUUCAGAGUUUUUUAUGGUCUGUUGUUUUUUUGUAUGAUUGUUUGGGGGAGGGGUGGGGGUGGGGGGUGAUUCCUACUGUAGACUAUAUAUUUAUGAGUUUGUAAAUAGUCAAAAUGGAAUUGUGGGUAUUUUACGUGGAAACGCCUGGUUCUAUUUAACUGCGUAUGAAAAUCAAAGCUCAAGUCAAAGGCUACGUGUUAGCUCUACUUGCAGGCAGCUUUGUGGGGUACUGUAUGAUUUUACCUUGGUUUUCACCCUGUUUCGUUACCUAACCUCACACUUACCUUGGUACCUGUGACAAGCGACUUGGCAACUCCAGUUCACGUAGAACCUGCCGCGUGAUGGGAGGGGGGAAAAAAAAAAAUAAAUAAGCGUGGUUGCGGGUGACGCAAGAGAAAGUGACAGCGGCUCUUUGUCACGGUGUGCAAUUUGUUUCCUUAAGAAACUCAAAUCAAUGAUGGAAGGGUGCGUUAGCUUUUGUCACUCUAAAUCACAGAGGACUGCCUAUGUAAUUAUUGUUAUUUUUUAUUCAAGUGUUACUCACCGCACACCCAAGUUUAAUGUGUUUUUACCAGGCGUGAGAACCAAGUUCACCAGAUAAAGUAUUUUUAUUUAGCUGCGGACAAUACGGAAAGUUUAAGUCAUAAGUUGGAGGAAACCGGUGAAAAAAGAAGAUAUAGUGUUAAAUGAAUAAUUUUAUGGGUGUAAUUUCUCAGAUGUUUCCCCUAUAAAUUAAAUUAUUAUUUAUUUUUAUUUAUAUGGUACCGGAAACGGUUUAAGAGUUUUAGAAAUACACUGACUCUGCUUUCUCCAAGAUGUUUCUCUGAAUCCUUGUUGUCUGACUCUGCAAAAAAAAAAAACGGCAUUCACAAAAUAUUAUUGACAGAAUUAUUUAUUAAGAUUACAUGUUUGCCUGUGAAUGCUGACUGGCCGUUGGCAGACUAAUUGGAAGAGAACUUAUUAAACUCAUACGAUUUAGCAAUAAUUACAGACAAACUAAAAAAAUGAUUAUUUUUUUCAGACAACUUGCUAUAACCAGAAAUGACGUGUAAAAUAAUUUGACGUACGACAUAGUGAUAGUGUUAAUAAUGUAAAACUGAGUGGGGGCGAGGAUGGACGCUGGGCUCGGGCCGGGGGUUAGCAGCAACACCAAAGCUACCACGCAAACUGUGUUCGCACGUUCGACGAGAGACCAAAAUUGGAGUUGCCAAGUGUCAAACACUUUUGUGUAUUCUGAUAGUUUUUUAGUUGAAUUUACGUUGUUGCCUCACAGACGUGUCACUCAAAGACAAGAUCCUCACAUGGGGAAGUGCCUUGACAUUCAAGUUUUACGACAUCUUUCUCAUGGGCAACGGUUGUUUUCAGACUCUUGCCGUCAAGAGCAGUCACUGGAGCACGGAGCCAGUUUACUGGAUAAUUGUCCCUCUCAUUGGCCAAAUUAUCACGCGUGUUUCGUCUUGAUCCCUCAGUCGUGACUGCAUCAGUUCACUUUGGUAGCUCGGUGGAGGCUGGGCUGGGGUGCGGGCGACGGCGGCGGCACACGUCUUCAUCAGCCCCCGGAGCGUGGGGACUGGGCGCCGGGCGGUUGAUCGGAACUUCUCGCCAACCUGUGUGCUUCACUUCUGCUCGUCUUAGGCUGUAACUUAACUAUGUGCAAUUUGAGCUGAUGGGUGCACCGCGCAGAUCAACCUCAAAACACAAUCUAAGCCAAUGGUUUGGAGUGAUGCCUAUAAAUGUUGUUUCUUCUUCUGUUUACUAUAUGAAAUGUGUUUUUUUUUUUGUUUUGUUUUGUUUUUUUGCGCUGAGUUUACUGAAGAAUAUAUUUAAAAAAAAAUAUGUGAAUGUUUACAGUAUAUGGUUUAGUUAUUUAUUUAUUUUUUUCUGCUACUCUCCAAGAAAAUAAUGACUUGUGGGCAUUUUCGAUUAAGAUAAAAUAAAAGCACAAUAAUUUUA